AUGGCUCCUCACAAACCCCCCUCAUCAGGCAUCACCACCACCGCCCUUCUCAUCCUCACUCUCACACUCCCAACAACUGCAAUCUUCUCCUCUCCUCCCCUCAUCAUAAACACCUGGUCCGGGCCCUUCACAGCCGCAACAAACGCCGCUUAUCUCACCCUCUCAAACUCCUCCUCCACCUCCCUCGACGCCGUCCAAGCAGGCUGCCAAGCAUGCCAAACAAACCAAUGCGACAACACCGUCGGCUUCGGCGGCUCCCCCGACGAAUCUUGCGAAACCACCCUCGACGCACUCAUCAUGGACGGCCAGACGCUCAAUGCCGGCGCCGUAGCGAACCUGCGGCGCGUCAAAGAUGCCGUGGGCGUGGCGAGACAUGUGCUCGACUAUACGCAACACACAUUGCUAGCAGGUGAUCAAGCAACGCAAUUCGCCCUGCAAAACGGCUUCGAGGAAGAGAGUCUAUCAACAGAAAAUUCACUCCGAGCAUGUCACGAAUGGCGCUCAAACAACUGCCAGCCAAACUACCGCUCCAACGUCCUCCCCAACCCCUUAUCCUCCUGCGGCCCAUACUCCCCCUCCAGCACCUCCCUCACACAAAACAACAUCCCCAACCCCUCCUCCUCCGACCAUUCCCACGACACCCUCUCCCUCCUCGCCCUCUCCCCCUCCGGCUCCAUGGCAGCAUGCACCACCACAAACGGCGCAUCCCACAAAAUCCCCGGCCGCGUCGGCGACGGCCCCAUCCCGGGCAGCGGCUCCUACGUCGACUCCACCGCCGGCGCCUGCGGCGCCACCGGCGACGGCGACCUGAUGAUGCGCCUGCUGCCGUGCUACCAGGCCGUCGAGAGUCUCCGCCGCGGGCUGUCGGCCCAGGAAGCCGCUGACGACGCCGUCCGGAGGAUCAUCGCUCGGUAUCCGGGGGCUAGGACGGGGAUUGUUGUGAUGGAUAAUAGGGGGGAGCAUGCUGCUGCGGCGAGUGGGUGGGAGUUUACGUAUUCUUAUCGAGGGAAGGGGAUGGAGAAUGCGGAGGUUGUUGUUGUUAAAGCUUUGAACGAGAUAUCAGAGAGGUUAGAGCUGUAA